AUGGCACAAAUGGGGCCAGGCUCACCGGCAUCGAACGAACAAAAGACAUCUUGGUUUCGAAAAUUCAUUUUCCCGAAGAAAGAUGAGAGUCAUACACCGCCAAACUCUCAACCAAACGAGGCUCAACCGCCAGGGUUAGCUCGUCGACUUUCGAGAAGGGUUGUCCCUGGACUCCCGAGAGCAGGUACUUUCAAGAGACAACAAUCGGAGUUGAGAGAUAGACUAGAGCCGGUCAAACCAAAUUCUGAUGAACGACGGACAGCUUCAGUGGAUCGUCGACUCAAUACAUCGCACCGCUCAUCCUCAGCAGCUUUAAAUCAUGGUCCAAGAACCAGCGCUCCUGAAUUCCUAGAUAGGGCGGAGACUAUCGAUAAGACGUUCGAUAAUGUAUCUGUGCGACUACCUACGGCCACUACAAACGAGCAUGAGAACGAGUCUCAAGAAUAUGUGGAUGUUACCAAGGAAGAAAAGCAAGGCUCACAUAUCGAAGAGCAAUCAAUAUCUACAGAUACCUUCGAUGAAAUAAUACUCGAAGAGCUGGAGAAGAGAUGGAUUUUGAAUUUAAGCAUGCAUUUUAGGGACAAAUCUAAAAGGGAGAAAUUCUUUGUCACUUAUGCUGAAACACCGACACACUGGCGGAGGGUAACGAUUUCCCUGGAUUAUAGAAAUGCGCCAAGUAAUUCCUUGGAGGAAGAGCUACAGCGGACUAGGUUUCAGAGAGACAAAAGUGCGCGCAUAUAUGAGGCUAUCAGGGAAUCACUUCAGGACAUACAAUUUUACGAUACUGUGACAAAUCUCAAGUUGGAGACACAGGAUGAACGCCUCCAUGUUCAUGUUGUGGAAGAUCUCUCCGAGGUUAUUCAUUAUCCUCCCGUGAAGGCUCUCAACCAUCUCCCAUGUCGCAGAGUCCUGGAAGCGGAACUCAAAUUUGAUUCUCAUCUAUCCGGAUUCGUCUACAAAGUCACCGUGGCCGGACAGGUCUUCAUCAAGAAGGAAAUUCCAGGACCCGAUCAAGUAGAGGAAUUUCUAUAUGAGAUUAAUGCCCUUCAUCAACUUUCUGGAGCCCAUAGUGUUAUUCAAUUUGGUGGCGUUGUACUUGAUAAUGAAGCAAAAUAUGUGAAGGGCCUUUUGAUUAGUUUCGCCGAACGGGGAGCUCUAAUUGACGUUAUUUACGAUGGUGAAGGGGAAAUCCCUUGGGCGCGACGAGAACGAUGGGCUAAACAAAUUGUUCAUGGACUUUCCGAAAUUCACGAAGCGGGCUUUGUUCAAGGAGAUUUUACUUUAUCAAAUAUUGUUAUAGAUGGGGACGAUAAUGCCAAGAUUAUCGAUAUCAAUCGACGAGGUUGUCCAGUUGGAUGGGAACCUCCGGAAGUCGCUGCAUUGAUCGAAAGCAAUCAAAGGAUUUCGAUGUACAUAGGCGUCAAAUCCGAUUUGUAUCAGCUUGGGAUGGUUCUCUACGCCUUGGCCACACAACAUGACGAACCCGAAACUCAAAGGCCUUUGAAGUUAUCGAAUUUUCCGCCUGAAGUACCAGAAUAUUUCUUGGAAGUUUGUGGUCGUUGUCUAAGCGAAAAUCCACGAUAUCGAUCGCAGGCUGCAGCCCUGCUAAAUAUCUUCCCUGAGAUUGAUGAGUAUCAUGGUGUGUAUGAUGAUCAAUCGCCAACUCCCAUUGUGAUUGAUGUUAGGCAUGCCGAUGAAGGGGAACUUUUGGUUACGGUUCAUGAUAAUAACAUGAGACGAGAGGGCCAUUCCGAGGCACAUGAUGAAGACAUUCUAGAAAGAGGUCGAUCUCGCUCUAAACCUCAUUCACCACCGUUUAUGGCAUCGAGGCCAUCAGAAGCGAUGAUUACAGAUUUGGGGACGCACGAUUUCAGACCGUCACAGAUUCCAUUACCCACAUCCACCUCCGGUUCUGACUUUUCGAAAGAUCAAAUCGAUCAGCAGGAAAAUUAUCAAAAUACUUCAACUAUAGAAAACUCAACAUUAGAAACUGGACAGCAAGAUUCUGAAAGUCCGUCACACUCAGAAAAGGACACAGCAGUUAUUCAAUCUAAUUCAACGACAGAACAAGCGCGAAACACAGUAGCGGCAUCUAACAUAUCCAUGACAUAUGCGGGGGAUUUAGCACACAUUGGAACCGGCGUUGAUAGUGCACAUAUGGGACUUUUUCCAUUUGGCGCGGUCAAUCUUGACGAUGAUUUAACGAUAGACAAUGAUGCAAGCAAUGUUUUAUAUAUGACGACGGAAGAAAAGAUAUCAGUUGUUGCAUAG